GGGGCUGCAAGAACAUCCAACUGAUUUGAACAUUCAGUGAAAGCAGGAUCGUAUAUUCCUGCUGAAUAACAACAAAUAAAUAUAAAAUUUCCACAUCUGAGGUGUUCUAAGGUACUUAUAUACUUUACCUGUUUGUCUAGCAAUAGACAACUCAUGAGGCUGAUAUUGUGGAUAACCUCAUGAUUGACCAUUCAGCACUAACUUCCUUAUGCAAAGCCUGGAAAGGCAUAAACAAAAUUAUUGGUAAGAAGAAUAGACGUGUUUCAAAUGGAACCGCUUACCCGCCAAAUCUGUAUAUGUCAAAACUCUGCUGCUGAAAUUUUAAAUCCAGCUUGAAAAAAUAAUCUGGACAAAUGGGCGCACCUUUGACAAGCAUCCAGUUUCCUGUCCUCGUCAAGGCCACUAGAGAAUUAGUUGCCCUCCGGUAAAUUCAUGUAAUGUUACAAGGUCAGCUUGUCAAUAUUGCAAGGUCAACGUGGUAGUAUAGUAUCACUGUAUCCUGAGAGCAACGCAUGUGUGUGUGAUGUGGGAAAAAAAAUAAAAAAAUAAAGUAGUUAAUAAACAGUUGAGAGGCGGGCCGAAAGAGCAAAGCUCAACCCCCGCAAACACAACUAUGUGAACACGGGAGGUCGGGUUGUAAGGUGGGGGGGGGCGUAGUGCCUCUCCCGUCGCCAUGGUAACGUUUGUAAACAACCUGAGCCAGCUGACCAGAGCACAGGAUCAUCCACAGUUUAUCGAGGGCUCUAUAUUGUCACUAAUGGGGCGUGCAGCUUGUUUUGGUCUUGGACUCAAUACCUAUCAACCUCUGCAGAAUUAGUAAGGCACUUAACAUAUUAAGUGCUGUGAGUGAUACAACCUAAACUGAUCAGAAGCAUAUCUGAAGAGUUAAAGAAUUUCCCGAACGCAACUGUCACCAUCAAUAAAUGGUGUCAGCUGGAGGCCUAGACGUCAGUGGCAGGUUUAGGUGUCAGUGACAGGCCUAGUUGUCAGCAAGGAGGCCUAGGUGUCAGGAACGAGGCCUAGUUGUCAGGAAGGAGGCCUAGUUGUCAGGAAGGAAGCCUAGGUGUCAGCAAGGAGGCCUAGGUGUCAGCAAAGAGGCCUAAGGUGUCAGCAAGGAGGCCUAGGUGUCAGCAAGGAGGCCUAAGGUGUCAGCAAGGAGGCCUAGGUGUCAACAAAGAGGCCUAGGUGUCAGCAAGGAGGCCUAAGUGUCAGCAAGGAGGCCUAAGGUGUCAGCAAGGAGGCCUAGGUGUCAACAAAGAGGUCUAAGUGUCAGCAAGGAGGCCUAAGUGUCAGCAAGGAGGCCUAGGUGUCAACAAAGAGGUCUAAGUGUCAGCAAGGAGGCCUAGGUGUCAACAAAGAGGUCUAAGUGUCAGCAAGGAGGCCUAGGUGUCAACAAAGAGGUCUAAGUGUCAGCAAGGAGGCCUAGGUGUCAGCAAGGAGGCCUAAGUGUCAGCAAGGAGGCCUAAGGUGUCAGCAAGGAGGCCUAGGUGUCAGCAAAGAGGUCUAAGUGUCAGCAAGGAGGCCUAGGUGUCAGCAAGGAGGCCUAAGUGUCAGCAAGGAGGCCUAAGUGUCAGCAAGGAGGCCUAAGUGUCAGCAAGGAAGCGUAGGUGUCAGCAAGGAGGCCUAGGUGUCAACAAAGAGGUCUAAGUGUCAGCAAGGAGGCCUAGGUGUCAGCAAGGAGGCCUAGGUGUCAGCAAGGAGGCCUAAGGUGUCAGCAAGGAGGCCUAGGUGUCAGCAAAGAGGUCUAAGUGUCAGCAAGGAGGCCUAGGUGUCAGCAAGGAGGCCUAAGUGUCAGCAAGGAGGCCUAAGUGUCAGCAAGGAGGCCUAAGUGUCAGCAAGGAGGCCUAAGUGUCAGCAAGGAGGCCUAAGGUGUCAGCAAGGAGGCCUAGGUGUCAGCAAAGAGGUCUAAGUGUCAGCAAGGAGGCCUAGGUGUCAGCAAGGAGGCCUAAGUGUCAGCAAGGAGGCCUAAGUGUCAGCAAGGAGGCCUAAGUGUCAGCAAGGAAGCGUAGGUGUCAGCAAGGAGGCCUAGGUGUCAACAAAGAGGUCUAAGUGUCAGCAAGGAGGCCUAGGUGUCAGCAAGGAGGCCUAGGUGUCAGCAAGGAGGCCUAAGGUGUCAGCAAGGAGGCCUAGGUGUCAGCAAAGAGGUCUAAGUGUCAGCAAGGAGGCCUAGGUGUCAGCAAGGAGGCCUAAGUGUCAGCAAGGAGGCCUAAGUGUCAGCAAGGAGGCCUAAGUGUCAGCAAGGAGGCCUAAGUGUCAGCAAGGAGGCCUAAGGUGUCAGCAAGGAGGCCUAGGUGUCAGCAAAGAGGUCUAAGUGUCAGCAAGGAGGCCUAGGUGUCAGCAAGGAGGCCUAAGUGUCAGCAAGGAGGCCUAAGUGUCAGCAAGGAGGCCUAAGUGUCAGCAAGGAAGCGUAGGUGUCAGCAAGGAGGCCUAGGUGUCAACAAAGAGGUCUAAGUGUCAGCAAGGAGGCCUAGGUGUCAGCAAGGAGGCCUAGGUGUCAGCAAGGAGGCCUAAGGUGUCAGCAAGGAGGCCUAGGUGUCAGCAAGGAGGCCUAGGUGUCAGCAAGGAGGCCUAAGUGUCAGCAAGGAGGCCUAAGUGUCAGCAACGAGGCCUAGGUGUCAGCAAGGAGGCCUAGGUGUCAGCAAGGAGGCCUAAGUGUCAACAAGGAGGCCUAAGUGUCAGCAACGAGGCCUAGGUGUCAGCAAGGAGGCCUAGGUGUCAGCAAGGAGGCCUAAGUGUCAGCAAGGAGGCCUAGGUGUCAGCAAGGAGGCCUAGGUGUCAGCAAGGAGGCCUAGGUGUCAGCAAGGAGGCCUAGGUGUCAGCAAGGAGGCCUAGGUGUCAGCAAAGAGGCCUAGGUGUCAGCAAGGAGGCCUAGGUGUCAGCAAGGAGGCCUAGGUGUCAGCAAGGAGGCCUAAGGUGUCAGCAAGGAGGCCUAGGUGUCAGCAAGGAGGCCUAGGUGUCAGCAAGGAGGCCUAGGUGUCAGCAAGGAGGCCUAAGUAUCAGCAAGGAGGCCUAGGUGUCAGCAAGGAGGCCUAGGUGUCAGCAAGGAGGCCUAGGUGUCAGCAAGGAGGCCUAGGUGUCAGCAAGGAGGCCUAGGUGUCAGCAAGGAGGCCUAAGGUGUCAGCAAGGAGGCCUAGGUGUCAGCAAGGAGGCCUAGGUGUCAGCAAGGAGGCCUAAGUAUCAGCAAGGAGGCCUAGGUGUCAGCAAGGAGGCCUAGGUGUCAGCAAGGAGGCCUAAGUGUCAGCAAGGAGGCCUAGGUGUCAGCAGAAGAGAGGGAGGUCUCAAGAAUGGCAUCAAGAAGGCCAUCUCUGGCCCCACCAGGUAGGGAGAGUGUCCCUUCCAGCACGGAUGGUCGCCGGCGCUCCAGUCUCCGCCUCUCUCACUCCCAGUUGGAGAACUCUGACGACGAGCAGCAGGUGGAGGAAGCUGAGGAUGAACUGGAGGAGGAAGAGGACGAGGAGGAGGAAGAGGACAUCUACCAGCUGGACCUGCAGUCCGCCGAGCUCUCUUCUGACUACUGGCAGAUACAGAAGAUGGUAAAGUAUCUGAAGGUGGGGAAUGCUACAUGUACCACUAUCGCCCUGGUGGGCCUUAAGGACUGUGGUCUGCAUCAAGAGGUGUGUCAGGUGGCCCUUAAGGUGGUGGGCGGCUUGGAGGUGCUCCUCAACAUCCUCCGCACCAGUAAUCUCCGCUGUAACGUGGGGGCGUUGCAGGUGCUGGAGGGCGCCUGCAGUUACAUGAGCACCCGAGCCGCCGUCUACAAGCUUGGAGGACUACAGGUGCUGCAGGGGCUAGUGGGCCACUGUCAGGUGGAGGUGCGCGGCCUGGCGGCCUCCGUGCUGGCCCAGGUGUGCGCUCUGUCUGCGGCCCGGAGCACGCUCAUCAGAGACGGCGGGGUGGCGACACUGGUGUCUCUCCUGCGGGUGGAGGUCAGUGCACUGAACACAGAUACGGAGCUUGCGAUUGCUGUGGAAGGGGCGGCGAGGGCGUUGUGGGCGUGCAGCGUAUCAAGGAAUGGGCGGGCGGCUCUCCUGCGGGCGGGGGGUCUGGAGUUAGUGGGCGGCUUACUCGCAGUGUCGCGGCCAACUCUCCUGGUGCCCGUUGUGGGAGUCAUUCAUCAGUGUAUCGCAGAGGCUGUGUUCCGGGAGCGAGUCGAGGCCGCUGGCUACACCUCCGCUCUCGUCAAGCUUCUCCACUCUCCCUCACCUCAGCUCCAAGUUCUCGCUACUAAGGCACUCGCCAGGUGCUCGGUGCUGGAGGCGACGAGCGCUCGGCUGGUCCGGGAGGGCGGGCUGGAAGUCUUGGUCAAUCUCCUCAACAGGGAAGCGCAGCCCUACGUUGACGCCCUCGUAGAGAAGGACCCAACCUUCGCCAAGGACGCCGGCCUGCUGGGGGAGACGCCAGGGGUGCCUCGCUCCAGGAAGCAAUCGAUGAUGCCUGAUGGAGGUGGCAGCAUGGCUGGUGUGGGGCAGGCGUCUGGGACCACCAACGGCGACGGGGCAGGAGGCGCUGAGGGUGAUGGUGUUGGACGCCCAGAUGCUCACCACCCUUCAGCUGGUGGAGGUCAGAAGGUGGGUGACAGCGAACUGCUGGAGGCAGUAUCAGAGGCAAUCUGGCACGUCUCCCUUCUCCCAGAGCACGUCGCUGCUGUUAAGGACCUCAACGCCGUGCCCGUCUUGGUGGCUCUUCUCCACCACAACGACGAGAAGGUGCUGACGAACGUGGUGGGGGCGCUGGGAGAAGUGGCAGGCGACCCUGACUGCUGCCUGACGUUGCUAGGGGGCGGAGGAGUUACGACGCUCAUCCAACUGCUGCGGCGCACCUCUGACAAGCUCCUGCUCAACGUCACACGCGCCCUGGGCUCCUGCGCUGCCGAAGAUGAAGCCCUGACAGCCCUCCUGCAGCAGGACGGGCUGCGUCUCCUGUGGUCCCACCUCAAGAACCCCAACUGUCGCGUCCAGGCCUCGGCCGCCAACGCUAUCUGCACCUGCCUCCAGCAAGAAUCGGAGGGGCUGGCGGAGGUGGUGAGGAGUCUGGUGGGGGGCAUCGAGCUGCUGGUGUCGCUGCUGGAGAGUGAGAGCGAGUCGGUGCUCUCGUCAGUGUGCGCCGCCAUCGCCAGGAUAGCGCGUGACCCUCAGAACCUGGCCAUCAUGACGGACUAUGGCGCUGUAACCUCCCUCUCCAGGUUGGCUGUCAGGGAGAACAACAGCUUGAGACCUUACUUGGCGGAGGCCAUCGCUGCUUGCUGCGUCUCCAGAGAGACUGGUCUCCUCUUUGGCCAGGCAGGGGCAGUAGCGCCGCUUGUCCAGUACCUGGAGACCGACGACAGCACCAUCAGGAGGCCCACCUGCCGGGCCCUACACCGCCUCUCCCUCGAGCCUGAGAACUGUGUUACUUUACACCAGAGUGGUGCAGUGCCGGUCAGUACCCCUGUGGUCUCCUGUGGCCGGGGUGUGUGGGUGGAGGUCAACCUUAUGACCAGGGGGUGUGUGGGUGGAGGUCAACCUUAUGACCAGGGGGUGUGUGUGGAGGUCAACCUUAUGACCGGGGGGUGUGUGGGUGGGGGUCAACCUUAUGACCGGGGGUGUCGGUUCCCACAGUGCUCGCCCGCAGCGCCCGGGUCUCCUCCUCCCCCACCCUGA